AUGGUGUUCCAUCUUUCUAGAAUGAUUCUUCUUUUCUUUGUUGGGUUCUUAAUAUCUAUUCAACCGAACAAAGUCUCAGGCCUGAGAAGUUCAGAAAUUGCAUUAAAACAGAGUCAAAAAGAGCACAGGAUAAUGCUGCAGAAUCAACAUACUCUGAAAGCUCCAGAGAAGGAAUUGUUGAACACUAAGAAGAGUUCUGCAAAUGUCAACAAUGUGUCUGUUCCUACGAAGAAGAGUUCAGCAAAUGUCAACAACAGGCUUGAUCCAAAUCAAUCAAGCAAAAGAAGAGUGCGAAAAGGGUCAGAUCCUAUUCACAACAGGGCUUAA